AGGAAGUGCGGGCGGCGUGUUUGAAAGCGAGGCCAAAGUGGGUGGGAGCGCGUGCUGUUGGGAGUUGCUUGGAGGUUGGCGGCGCGGGGCUGAAGGCUAGCAAAUCGAGCGAUCAUGUCGCACAAACAAAUUUACUAUUCGGACAAAUACGACGACGAGGAGUUUGAGUAUCGGACGCUCCCCCACCCCACCCUUCGAGAACCCCCGCCGCCACCGCCUUGGAGGCUGACCUCUUACUUUCGACAUGUCAUGCUGCCCAAGGACAUAGCCAAGCUGGUCCCUAAAACCCAUUUGAUGUCUGAAUCUGAAUGGAGGAAUCUUGGCGUUCAGCAGAGUCAGGGAUGGGUCCAUUAUAUGAUCCAUGAACCAGAACCUCACAUCUUGCUGUUCCGGCGCCCACUACCCAAGAAGCCAAAGAAAUGAAGCUGGCAAGCUACUUUUCAGCCUCAAGCUUUACACAGCUGCCCUUACUUCCUAACAUCUUUCUGAUAACAUUAUUAUGUUGCCUUCUUGUUUCUCACUUUGAUAUUUAAAAGAUGUUCAAUACACUGUUUGAAUGUGCUGGUAACUGCUUUGCUUCUUGAGUAGAGCCACCACCACCAUAGCCCAGCCAGAUGAGUGCUCUGUGGACCCACAGCCUCAGCUGAGUGUGACCCCAGAAGCCAUGAUGUGCUCUGUAUCCGGAACACACUUGGCAGAUAAAGGAAGCUUCUGAGUUUGAGACCAUGGCCGUUACAGGGAUCAUGUAAACUUCCUGUUUCUGUUUUUUCCUCCCGGGUGUUGUAUGUAUGGUGACUUGUGGAUUUAUGUUUCAUUGUACUGGAAACUUUCCAUUUUAUUCAAGAAAUCUCUUCAUGUUAAAAGCCUUGAUUAAAGAGGAAGUUUUUAUAAUCUAA